AUGGGCAUGUGGUCGUCUGCAGUGGAUGAGUCGUGCCAGUCUCUCCUGUCCCACUCGGACAUCAGCUACGACCGCACCGAGGACGAUGUGGACGUUGAUCUGACGGUGGUGCGGACCCUGAAGCGCAAAGCCCAGGAGAGGCAGCGUGUGUCCCUGGCCCCUCAGAUCGGCCCCGUGGUGGUGGCGAAGCGGCACCGGUCUUCUGUGGUACCCCACAACACCGUGAAUGUCCCCCCUGUGCCCCCUCCUGCCCAGGUCCCUGGCCCUGCCGGCAGCCUCCUGCCCACUGCUCUGGUGCCGCGACGCAGCUCUCGCCAGGGACACCGUGCCUCCACGCGUGCAGCUGACUUCGCCCCCCCCACGCCGCCCCUGGUGCCCGCGCUGGUGGUGCAGUGUGUGAACGUGGUGGAGACGCGAGGCUUGACGGAGACAGGGCUGUACCGGGUGCCGGGUGCAGAGCAGCUGGUGCGGGAAUGGAAGCGGAGGCUGCUGCGGGCUGGAGGUGCGCUGCCCGCCCUCGGCAGCGUGGCUGACAUCCAUGUGGUGUGUGGGGUGCUCAAGGACUUUCUUCAAAGGGCUGCUCCUCCCCUAACACAGCUCCCUGGUGCUGUCACAGACAUCCCGGAUGAUGCCGCCUGCGGCACAGCCCUGCGCCACGUCGUGAGCAAGCUGCCCCCAGCCAACAGGGACACGCUGGCCUUCCUCAUGCUGCACCUGCUGAGGGUGUCACGCAGCCCCGACUGCAAGAUGGAUGUGCUCAACCUGUCCCGCGUGUUCGGUCCCACGCUGGUGGGACACGGCUCGGCCAACCCCACGCCGCUGGCCAUCAUGGAGGACACGCCGCGGCAGUGCAAGGUGGUGGCUCGGCUCCUCUCGCUGCCACCUGACUUCUGGAGGGGCUUUGUGGGGACAGAGCAGGAGAACCUGGUGCCAACGCCAGCCCCGGAGGGUGCACACGACAGGGCUGGUGCAAGGGAAGAUGCACAGCAAGCCACCCAAGCUACACCCAUGCUGGUGCAGAGGAGGCUGUUGGCCCACCGGCGUGGCAGGGGCCUGCUGCCAUCACCCUGA